UGGCGUUUGAAGCCCGCUUGCAGGCUAGUUGGGCAGCAGUAGAAGUCGAAGUACGCAGAGGUAAGAAGCGCAAGCGUCUCAGCGUCGAACUACCUGGCUCUGUCGGCCGAGAUGGUCUGCGAGAAGCUAGACAGUCUAUCGAAAGAGGCAGCCAGACUGACGAUCCCUCUGAUCCUCAAUUCAGUCGCAAUGCCAGGCUCUCUACGAAGUCUGUGCAGAUCGAUCUGGAGGUCUUCGCACAACCAGUCAUGGCACCGGUAUCAUCUGUAUCGUGCGCGCACUGCUCGUGUCUCUGAACGAGCUGACGUUGUAUGCAGAACGACCGAGCUUACCGGGCUCCCAACACAGGCGGGACAAGAUACUCUGACUACGACCAGCGACAGACGGAGAUCUUCGAGUGCCAGUGUGCAGGUGAUCGAGCCGCCAACUGUCCGCUCGAAGCCCAAUGAAAGCCAGACGAGUACACUGGUCGGGUCCCAGAACGGCAGCAAUGCCGCGAACGGAGGCAUCAUCAAAGCAACCACAGCCAACAGAAGCGCUGGCGGGAUUGAUCAGAGUGCCGUCAUACAGAUCGCUGCAGAGUCUCGUGAAGGCUCGUCUUUACAUGCAGAAGCUGACACAAGUAUGGAAAGUGUUCAUACACGCGUGUCCAGCCAGGCAACCGAGGCGACUGUGCACAUGGAGAUUGACACCCAGCCUCUCGUAACGACAGAGACAAUGGCGGCGUCCCAAUCAGAGGCGCUAUCUGCCGAGCUCGCGCCAGUACAGCCGAGUCAAUUGCUUAGUAGCAUGCCUGGCAACGCACAGCGUAUCUUUGCAGCUGAUCCUGCCCUACGUAACGUCUCCAUCGCAAGCAUAUUGCCACAAAGCCCUGUCUCUGCGUUCAUCUCAGGCAACGCCAAACGCGCAUCAACGACUCAUGGAGCGCGCGCGUCCGCUUUCGUCGCGCCUAUGUCUGUUCCACGAGCGAGCCAGGCAGAGCAGAGGUCUGAGAGGUCUGGACGUACUUCCAGCUUAUCUGCCGUUCGGGAACAGUCGAGCAAUUCGCAAAUUGCGGCGAGCACGUUCGAGUCUGCGAAGUCGUCUACCAUGCCGGCUACUGCUUUUUACGCCAGUAGUAGAGCGUCCUUGCAAACGGGUCGCAGAUCCGUUUCGGUCCACUCUGACGGUUCUGUGGGUACUGCUAUUGGACCAACGACAUCUACAUCGAGAGCGGACGCGAUCCGCGAGACGAUGCACCGCAUCAAAGCUACUCGCUCAUCAGUCGCUCAUCAGGGCGCGAGUCUCUCCGCCCGGCCGUCGUAUCUGGUGUCAAGCGCACCCUCUACAAUGACACUAUAUCAUGAGAGUCGCACCAGCCUAGCACCCUCGACUGCGAGCGCUGCGCCGUCAACACGCACGACGUUGACGUCCACCAUGAGAGAGCCACGACUAUCAGAUGCUCUGUCGGAUCAAUCGAUCAGUCAGACCUCAAUCUCUUUCGAGACGGCUCCACCCACGCAAACCAUGAAUCAGUCGCGUCCCUCAAGCGCAUCAUCCGCGACUUCACAGCCUACGCGCAUGCAAGACAGCCGUCCAGUCACAUCGAUGAUACCUCGGUUGCGUCAGACUUCUGGCAGCAAGACUGACGCAGAAAUCAAGGCCGCAAAGGAGCGACGUGAGCGACAAGCCGAAGAGACCAGGCUUGCCGACGAGCGCUCAGAACGAGAGCGUGUUGAGAAAGAGCGACUCGAACUGCAAAGACUGGAUGCAGAGCGGCAGAAGCAGCAAGCGGCAGAGAAGCGUCAAGCGAAAGUGGCCGAAGAGGCGUUGCAAAGAGCAGAGGAAGAGGCGCGACUGAAAGCAGAAGAAGAGGCACGGCAAAAGGAAGCUGCCGCCGAACAAGCUGCUCGUGAAGCCGAGAAACGCGCAAAAGCUAAGCGAGAAGCUCAGGAACGAGAGCGCGAACGACAAGCUGCAGCCGAACGCAAAGCAGAAGCCGAGCGACAGGCUGCCAAGCUGCGCGAUGAAGAGGAAAGGCGAUUGCGACUGCUGGAACUCGAGAAGCGCAAAAAGGAGCGAGCUGAGGUUAACGCGAGAUUGGCCGAACGCAAGGAGAAGGAGGCUGCUGCUACUGCUGCCGCGAUCGCCAGGCGCAAGCUCGAAGAUGAGGAAACGCGCCGACAAGCAGUUGAGCGAGCUGCAGAGGCAGAAGCCAAGCGCAAAGCCGCUGCUGCCCGUCAAGUGAGUCUUUGUCCAUCCACACAGGGAGUGCUGCUGAGCGCAAGAAUGGUGUAGCCGCUGGCCAAUGCUUCGAAUCGACCGAUCCCUGCGCCAGCAUUUGCCCAGCAGAUGCCACCAAGCCUGCCUUCAUCAGCCAAACUCAACAAAUCUCUGAAAGGCAUCCUGCCUGACAAGCCCAUGCGCACCUCCAAUGCCUCUACGGGUCCUGCAACUAGCAGCAAGCAUGUCGCGCCGCAGUCGGCGCAACAACAGCCAGAGCAAUAUGUCGAGCUGGAAGAGCCUGCGAGCGAGUAUUCGGACUCUGACGAAGAAGCAGCCAUGUUGCGCGACAAGAAGAACCCUGCAUGGGCGCAGCAAGACCCGCUCUAUGACGCUCUGCUAGCCCAGCAGAAUGUCAAUCCGGACAAGAUAUUUGAUCCCGACUUCCAGGCUCAGCCUGUCAAUCUCAGAGGCACGCCU